UGAUCAGAGAGAGAGAGAGGGAGAAGCUAAACACACUUACACACACACAUACACUGUGUUAUUUAUAUUAGAUUAUGUUAUAUGAUUUCACGGAGACGCGCGCGGGAGAUACAUUACAGCGCGUGCACCCAGACUGAGAGAGAAACAGAGAGAGAGAGGAGUGUUGUGUAUGUGUGUGUUUUUGUAUAAUAUUCCUCCGUAUUUCUUAUUUUCAUGACUCCAGAUCGUCUUGGUUUUUCCGUGGACAUCAUCUGGACUGGAUUCGGACUUAUUCGUGUAGCUUUUUGCCCAUAAGGAGAGUCUGAGAGGAGGCUGUGAGCAUGCUGAAGCAGUAGCACCGGUGUUCUCGGAUAUUAACAUCUAUUAUUUUAUAUUUUUAUCAACACCAUACUGAAGAGACGCUGGCUUUUGUUUUGCUUUGGACACCUAGAAGAUUUCCACAAGGUCACAAGCCCUGCACGUUGUAGAUAAUAUUGUUGUUAUUGCUGAUUUCUGGUACACAGAGAGCUAGCCCUGGGGUUUUAUUUUCCGCCUUCUACAACUGUCUGAGGAGAAGCAUGGACAUGAUACAAGAGUAACUUUGGUUCUGAAUUUGGCUGUUCAUACAGUGAAGCAAUUAAAAAGACAAAAAAAAACAACAACCAGGCUCUUAGCCCGUCAUUUCUGUGGUUCCUGAUGCUCAGCGUGGACUCUUGCCGCUUCGCUGCAGGAUGGAUGGUGUGGAUCUGACGCUUCUCGUCUGUCGCCAUACGCGCUUGCUGAUCUGUGACUGUAUCCUGUUCUUUUACGUUUAUAAAAGAACUCCUCCUCUUUUAGGCUCAAGCCCUACGGAGAGUACCCAUAACUGUUUAUAAGGAACACGCAAAAUCAUACGAGGCUCUUACACAGACUCGUAUCUUGCUGUUGUUUUUCCCCUCCAGGACGUUUACCUUUAGGAUUUAUUCCUGAUAUUAUUAUUUAUUUAUUAUUUCAAGACUUCGCUUGUGUAACUGGAGUGAAGAUGUCUGACAACCCUGACGAUAGCAAGGAGUUUCUGGCUCCUCCACCUAAAAAUGUGAAUGCCCCUGGCUCGGACUCGAUGCUGGGCGAGAAGCUCGGUGUUGAGGUCCGACACCGCCGCCACACCAUGGACAAAGAUCUCAAAACAGCAGAGCACAGAUUUUUUCGCCGGAGCGUCAUUUGCGACUCUAAUGUCACAGCGCUUGACCUCCCGAGCAAAGCCUGCAUCCCUACGUCUCUUCCAGACUGCGAGUCACCUGCAGGCUCUUCGGGCUUGAGUUUGGCUCCUGGAGGAGCUCCGGAGAUCUGUACCGCCGUUGUAGCAGAGGAGCAUGUGGAGGAAGCAGUCGAAGCAGGCGGACCUGUUAGCAGCGAUCGCACAGACAAGCCGAUCCUGUGUGAGCACGAAUCCGGUACUUGGGUUCAGAGCAAGAGUCCCGCACAGCCCGAAGUGACAAGCACGCCAGAGCGCGGGAAUGAAGCGGCGGAGAAAUACGAGGAGGAAAAGGAGGCGGCAAAGGCUCGCGUGGAAGCCGAGCAACGAGAGGUGGAGAAGAAGGUGCGGGAGGAGGAAGAGGUAGAGACAAAAGCUGUAGGGACGUCGCCGGACGGCCGCUUCCUGAAAUUUGACAUCGAGAUCGGACGCGGUUCUUUCAAAACCGUCUACAAGGGCCUGGAUACCGAGACAACGGUGGAAGUAGCGUGGUGCGAGCUUCAGGACCGGAAGCUGUCCAAGUCUGAGCGUCAGCGCUUCAAAGAAGAGGCCGGCAUGCUGAAGGGCCUGCAGCACCCCAACAUCGUGCGCUUCUACGACUCGUGGGAAUCCCCCUCGAAAGGCCGCAAGUGCAUCGUACUGGUGACAGAGCUCAUGACGUCGGGCACACUGAAAACAUACCUGAAGCGAUUCAAGGUGAUGAAGAUCAAGGUCCUGAGGAGCUGGUGCCGUCAGAUCCUGAAGGGCCUUCACUUCCUCCACACCAGGACUCCUCCCAUCAUCCACCGGGACCUGAAGUGCGACAACAUCUUCAUCACGGGUCCCACCGGCUCCGUAAAGAUUGGCGACCUGGGCCUGGCCACUCUGAAGUGCUCUUCUUUUGCUAAGAGCGUUAUAGGUACCCCUGAGUUCAUGGCGCCUGAGAUGUAUGAGGAGAAGUAUGACGAGUCUGUGGACGUGUACGCCUUUGGGAUGUGCAUGUUGGAGAUGGCUACAUCAGAGUACCCAUACUCAGAAUGCCAGAACCCAGCGCAAAUCUACCGGAGGGUCACCAGCGGUGUGAAACCGAGUAGCUUCGAUAAGGUGGCCAUACCCGAAGUGAAGGAGAUCAUCGAAGGUUGCAUUCGACAGAACAAAGAUGAAAGAUAUGCCAUCAAAGUCCUGCUAAACCAUGCCUUCUUCCAAGAGGAGACAGGAGUGCGAGUGGAACUGGCUGAGGAGGACGAUGGGGAAAUGGUCGCCAUCAAGCUCUGGCUGCGCAUCGAAGACGCCAAAAAGCUGAAAGGCAAAUAUAAAGACAAUGAAGCUAUUGAGUUCUCCUUCGACCUCCAUAAGGAUGUCCCCGAAGAUGUGGCCCAAGAAAUGGUCGAGUCGGGAUACGUGUGCGAGGCUGACCACAAGACCAUGGCCAAGGCCAUCAAAGACCGCGUAUCACUGAUCUGCCGUAAACGAGAACAGAUAAAGUUGGUGCGAGAGGAGCAGGAGAAGCGCAAACAGGAAGCUGAUCAGCAGCAACAGCUGAGCGAGUCUCAGAAGGCCUUACAUUUCGGACCUCCAGGAACACCAGGAGCCACUCAGACUCCGUGCAGCCUCCAGCCGCCCACUCCAGGCCCUGGACAGUUCGAACCAGAGGAGUUUGAAACAGACCAACUCCAACAGCUGCAGUACCAGCAAGCUGAAUCUACGAUGGACAGCGGACAGGGUUCAUCCAUCUUCUCAGAGUGUCAGCUCACCAUGUCUUAUAGUUCUCCUGCGGCAUCUCAUCAGACCCCCCAGCACCACCAGCAGCAGCAGCCUGCGCAGCCCUCCUACCCCACUGCCUCACAAACGACCCAGCAGCACCCAGCGUUCCCCCCACAGCCCAUGCCUCAGUCUCUGGUUCAGCCAUAUGGCGGUGGAGGGGGCUCGGGUGUGUGCGACCCGCCGCUCUCUUUCCCCUCCAUCCCCGAGCGGCCGGUCUCCUUCUCCCCGCCGCCGUCCUGCACCCCUAAAGGCUUCAACGUGCAGCGCCGCAGGAGCACCUCCAUCUUAGAGGCCCAUACGCGCCACUUUCAGCCCGCGUACCGCAGCUACGGGAGCAGCCUCCACCCGUUUUCUAGUAUGGACGCUCACGAGCCGUCGCACUUCCUGCUGCCGAACGUAGCGGCUCAUAGACUGGCCGAGAACAUGCAGGCCUCGACCGAGUCCUUACACAGCUACAAAGACAUGCGAAUGGAGCAGGAGGAAGUUGUGCGUAGACUAAGUCUCAACCAGGCCGUUCUGCUGGAUCACCUGGAAGCCAUGGCGUACAGUGGAUACCCGAUAACGGCACAACAGCUUAACCAGAUCACCCUCCACCAGCAAAUGCAGGCUGCUGCUGCUGCAAACCUGGCAUACGAGAGCCCUCAGCCCAGCCCAGGCUACCUGCACGCACACGUCCCGAGCCUGAUGCGACCUGUCUCUCAGACAGCACCCGUUAGCAUGGCCCAAGAACCCUGCUACCAGCCUCACCCGUCAUUUCCUCAUUCUGCCCCACCAGUGCUGGCGCACACGCCCGACCCUGCCACCGCUUUCGAGUUCCAAUUGCACAACCUCCAAACAGAACCAGGAGUGCUGGCUGCUGCUAGACUGUACCGAGCCCGGCGUGGCUCUAUGGAGCUCACGCUCGACGAGGCAUCAGGAAACACGGGCCCGUGCAGUCGGCUGCAGCCCGUCACAGAGGAGCUGGGGAGCUACACGAGCCCGGAGAUGCCGCUGCCUCCAGGAAGCCUGCUGUUGCUUCAUGCUCAAAAAGAGCGCAGCCCGGAUCCUUCCAGCGACUCGGUGGCCUCAUCCGACACCGGAGACUUUCACUCGCCACCUCUACCACAUGCGGGACGCACAGGUCUGGACGCCUCGCUCGCUCAGUCCAUUCCCCAGACAUCGACGCAGAUUUAUACGCCCGACAGAGGAAGCGGAACAUGCGAAGGCCAUCCCCCCACUCACCACUCUUACCUGUUCGUCCCUCCGUCUGAGCCGUCCAGCUCUCAUGUCAGCACUCUGCAGAGCGCCUGGGCCCGACAAACAAGCGUCCAGCCCGAGCAUAGCUUCCACGAGCCUGCUCUGAGCCUACAGGGUUCUGCUUUGCAGAUUCCGCCUUCGCAGCCCAGUACGGCUCUUCCCAUGGUCCCCACCAACAUCCAGGCCACACCCUGGAGCGAAGCAGUCAAUCCACAGUAUGGAGGUUACUACAUCCCAGCAGUCCCUUCGCAGGUGGUUCCUCAGCAGGUGUCUCUGAGCGCUCAGCAGCCCAGUGUCCCGUUUCCUCCACAGCAGCAGCAGCAGCAGCCUCCUCCACCACAGCCUGCCUGCUCAGGCCUCGCCCAAACACUCAUCCAGCCAGGGUCUCCUGCCGCACAGCAGUUUGUUAGUGAGUCGAGUCCUCGGGUUGUGUCCCCGUCGCAGUGCGUGGAGCGUCUGUUCUUCCAAUACCAGGCAGCUCUGGUGCAGGUAGCCCUUCUGGGUCCUUCGUCGCCCCCUCCGAUCCAGCCCAUCCAGACUCCAGAUCUCUCGCCCUUCAUCCAACCGAUCAUCACACUUACCCCACUGCCCCUCUCCUAUCUCCCCCAGCCGUCUGUGCCUGGCCUGGGCCUCGUGCCUUCUGUAUCAGUGCCCGCUCAGCCGCUCCCACUAACAGUGGUCCAGGGACAGCAGCCGCUCCUUGUGGUGGCUUCAUCAGUUCCCUCCUCCCCAGCACCAGGAGCCGUACCAUCUGCAUCUCCCUCGGCACUGCUCACUGCGCCAUCGCAGCCCCAUAAGAUGCUUCCUCAUCUGCCACUCGCGACCACUGUGCCAACAAUCUGUGUGGCAACUGUUACCACUCCUACUGAGCAGCCUGGGUUUGCGCCAGACUCCCCAGCUCAGGCAUCCCAGAUCGGUUCCCAGACUACAGAUAUGUCACAGCUUCAGGCUCCAUCAGUGCCCUGUGGAAUGGAAAGCAGCCACUCUGAUGUGGCGUCUGGAAUGAGUGACGGAAACGAGGGCGUGACUAGCGGCAAACACGAAGGCCGUUCGACCAAAAGGCACCAGCGCAGAUCCGUACGCAGCCGUUCCCGCCACGACAAAAUGAACAAAGCCAAACUUAACGUGCUCAACAUCUCCAACAUGGGCGAUAGGGUUGCUGAGUGCCAGCUGGAAACACACAACAGGAAAAUGGUCACAUUUAAAUUUGAUCUGGAUGGAGAUAAUCCCGAGGAGAUCGCUCAGAUCAUGGUUGAAAGCGGGUUUAUUCUGGAAAGUGAGCGGGAGUCUUUUAUCGAGCAGGUCCGGGAGGUCAUUGAGACCGCAGAUGAAAAAGGUCUUGAACGGGAAGGCAGCCAGACUGGGAGCAAUCCUGAAGAGCAUUUAAGCGCUCCAUACACACCUCUCCAGCCAGAUGUAUGCGCGAGUACAACUACAGAGGUGGUGACCUCGGCAGGACGCAGGUUCUUCGUCAGUCCUGUUCCUGAGUUCAGGCUGAAGGAGCAAUUCUUUAGCGCUGUUCAACCACCUGCUCCUAUUUUUGAGCAGGCUGUAGCACCAGCAGGGCUCGCUGCGAUCGGCCUGUCUCAGUCCGCCUCGUCACUUUCCCUUCAGCAGGCGUUUGCUGAGAUCCGUCAGGGCCAGUAUGACCCUGGGCCGAGCACAGCACCCCCUACUCUCAACACCUCCCUUCCUCCACUGUUACCUGCACUCAGCUCCUUGCCUCCUUCCUCUACUACGAUGCUGUCAUCUCCACCUCUGCCAGCCGAGAUAGCUGGUCCUCCUCUCGCAGCCUCCUCCUUGUCCUCCUCUCCUCCUUCAUCACUCACUCCUGUAGUAAUGUCUCUGCCUCCUCAGAUCCCCCCACUGCCUGUCAGUCAACCCAUUGGCACCAGUAUGAUGCCUCAGCCUUUCCAAGCUCCACCCUGCUCAGCCCCUUCUGGUGUUUUCCCAGUACACACUACUAUCAAUAGCACAGCAGUGCCAAGUAGCAUAGCUCCGCCCUGCCAACAUGCUCCUGUUGUAAGCAAUGUGAUUUCUGUUGGAAUCGCAGAACAACCCAUUGUUGUCUCCAGCGUAGGCCAGAUUACACCUGUCGUUACCCCAAGCACAAUCAUUUCAACCCCUUUGCUCCCCCCUAGUGUCAUCACGUCACUUCCGGUCACCGCCCCGUUGCCACAGGUGCCAGUCAGCAGUAGUGCCCCUGUGGUGCAGCCCACCCUGGUUCACAGCCAGCCACAGCCUUCCACGCUGCCCAAUCAGAGCCAUUCUCACUGUACCGAGUGCGAGAGUGACCCUCAAAGCAAAACCCCAGGCAUCGAUGACAUCCAUGCUCUAGACAAAAAGCUGCGCUCGCUCUUUAUGGACAUGGGCGCAGGUCCUUCUUCCGCCCCAGCUGACGCCGGUGCCGCAGAGCCAGGUGCUCCCAGCGCAUCCUCCCCUACCACAUCCAGCGCCAAUCCUCUUCCUCCUACUAGCUUACCUCUGAGCUCUCCUUUGACCACCCCCGUCACUUGCGCCACCCCUGGCAGCAAAACGCCGUUGUCAAGAUUGCCGGUGUUGCCUGUCGGCUCAGAGCAGGCCGGCACGCCACCCACAGAACAUCCGCCUCUCUUCCCGGGACCUUGUCUAACUCAGUCCCAGCAACCCCUGGAGGAUCUGGAUGCCCAGCUGAGACGAGCUCUAAGUCCUGAGACUGUGUCGGUUAGUGGUGUCACACAUCAGGCCUCUCAUACUGGGAUGCCUGUUGGAGGGCAGGCAGUUCCAUUUUCUCUUGAAGGUGAGCCAGGGGCAAUUCCUUCACCCAGCGGCAUCACGCUGGGCCGAUUUCAGGUGUCGUUAGCAGCCGAUGACCCUUCCGCGCUGCUCCCCACCACCGCCUUUAGUGACUCAACUUCGUCUACCACUUCUUCAUGCACCUCGUCUUCUAAUCUCUCCACUCCUGAAAGCACGCUACACAAGGCUUCUCGUCCUCUGUGUGACUCAGGAUUCGACGUGGUAGACAGUUUGCUCCCCGCACCCCCCAGCCAGUCCACUACAAUCGGCCGCUUCCAGGUCACCACCAAGAGUGAAACUACAGUGGGCCGUUUCUCUGUGAGCCGAGCCCCUGAUGAGCCAAUCGCUCCCGUGCCUGGGGACACAGAGUCUCCUGUGAGACAGCCCCAGAGUCCUCCAGCUGUGGGCAAUGGCCCUGCACUCAGUCCUGAGGCCAAGAGCACGAUAAGCUUGAACAACUCUUUUAACUCUUACUUAAGCAGCGAUAAUGACUCCGAAUUUGAAGACGAGGACUUCAAAAAGGAAAUCAGCAAGCUGCGUGAGAAGCACAUGAUAGAGAGUCAGGCGUUGUACGCUCGUCAGAAGGAGGAGAUUGAUGCUCUUUUCGCCCGAGUUGGCAAAGUCCCACCUCCCAUCAUAAACCCACCCGCGGUCAAUCUGGCUGGCCGAAGGCGCCGACCCACCAAGAGCAAAAGCAGCAAGUCGAGCCGCACGAGUUCUCAGGGCAGUAAGAGCCCAGUGCAGCCUGGGAGCACCACUUUAUCAACUCAGAGUGCCCCCUCGGUGUACCCGACCCAGCAGUCCUUCCCCGCCUCCGGUGGGUUGGCAGAGACCGGGAGCAACCCCCUACUCCAGGCUUUCAAGCCCUCACCCUCCAGCGAUAACCUGUACUCAGCCUACACCAGUGAAGCAACGCUAUCCGCCCCCAGCCUCUGUCUGCCCACGCAUGGCUGUGUAAAGUUCAGCUGUGGGUCGGACAGAGUGACCUUCAAACCAGGUGGCAGAAGGACCCGUUUUCUGAGUACGCCGUGCUUGGCUCUUUGGAAGAUGGUGAAAAAAGUCUGCCCCUGCAACCAACUCUGUAGGACGAACAGCACAAACACAGUGGGAGGCCUGGGGCAGAACCAAACACAGCCUCCUUCCACUGCGUCCCAGAGUCGCAAGGGCACGUUCACAGACGACCUGCACAAGCUGGUGGACAACUGGGCCCGAGACGCCAUGAACCUGUCGCAGGGCAAGAGGGGCUCGAAACCCCAGCAGCAGGCCCCGUCUCAGGGCCACAGCUAUGAGACAAUUCCGUCUGGAAGCCUGGCCCGCAAGUUCUCCGCUCCGGGUCAGCUGUGUCCCAACAUAGCUUCAUCCAUGCCCAACCCUCAUGCUACCUCUCUGGGGGCACGUAAAGGCUCGCUGUGCCCCGUGCCUCAGUACGGCUACACCUCUGCACCUUAUAACGGUCCAUGGGCCAGUGUCUCGGCAGCACACGCUCAGACCCUGGGCCAGUUUUCCGCAGCUCCAGGCGCUCUGCAGGCCUUCCACAUCAACACGUUGCAAAAAUCAGUCAGCAACCCUGGAGGACCUAAUUUAAGGACUACAUAAGGUUGGGUCUAGCCUCCGCUAGGCCAUGAUAGAGAGAGAGAGAGAGAGAGAGCUGGACACAUGAACUGGUGGUGAGGUUGGUGUGAGCUUAGGCACAUGUGUUGCACCUUUCGAAUAAUGGGACCGAGAUAAACCAGGGUUUGUGCACACAAACACAUGAACACAUCUCGUGUGUGAAUGAAUCACUCCUGCACUCUGGUUUACAUGGCAUGAGGUGAAUGCACACUGAUGCAAAGCAGAAAUAAAAUUUAAAAAAUACACACAUAAUGGGAGCAAUGUUAAAGCAGCCAAAGAGGAUGGUGACCUUUUUUCCUAUGUUAAAAAAAAAAAAAAAAACUCAUGAAUGUGUAUAGCGAUGUUGCUCCAUGGUAGCCUGGGAUUAGCUUUCGCUGACUGUUUCACUUUAUUUCACACCCUUUUAGUCAGUCGAGGUCCCUGGAACCAGUCAUGGAAAGGGGUGCGAGUGAGGUAGGAAGGUGAUGCGAUGUGCCCCUUCUCCAUUACAAACUUUCCGGCGUCCUGGUUUCUGCUCCAAUGUUUUGUGAUGCAAUAAUUAUAGAAAUCAAAAUCCCAUAAAAAAAAAAACACACACACACAGAAAGUGGCCUUUAGUAGAGAAAAGAAGUAUUUGUGUACAGCUUCUCUUUUUUAUAUAUAUACACUUAUAUAAUUCGAGGGUGUCGUUUUAAGGUUGUGUGGAUUUUCAUGUGAUCAGAGGCCAUUCAUCCACCCCUGAGAGAUUGGAAUAGGAAGCUCUCGUAAGGAUAAAACUCCUAGCUUGCUUGUAGUACUCAGGCAUGUUCGUUGUCCACCUCCACCUCUCUUCAUUUUCUUCUGAGUUUUAUCUCCUCUAAAAAAUAAUUUAACAAUGUAUACGAUUGCCCCUUUUGCCAUUUGUAAUUGUGCCUCCUGUUAUAAAGGAUAAAUCAACAUAAUUUUACUCUCUGUAAAACCAAAAACUAGUCCUGUAAUCAUUAUUUAGGUUUGUAAAGAGUGACAUGAGAGGCUGGAGGUGAGGUGAGGUGGAGUUAUUUACCCUGAGUGAGGGCGUGGCUGGGUGGGGCGGGCGGGUGCUUGUCUGGCUUGUUCACGCAUUAUACAGGCUGGUGAAGCUUUAAAUCUAUUAGACUUGUUACAGCUUUUAUAAACACGAGCGCAUUAGGGACCUCUUUACGACAGGUUGAUUUUUUUGAAUUGUAAUGUUUAAAUGGGAAAAGUUGUGUUCUGUACGGACCUGUAUUUAUCCAUCAAUUAUUGAUGUUGAAACACUGUGAUUUAUUAUUAAAUGUUGUUGGACAACAUACGUUUAAAGCGACGGUAGAAAAAAAAGGGUGGAAAAGAGGAGGAUUUAUUGCUAUUAGGUAAAAAGGUGAUGUAAGGCUAGCUAUUUACCUUAUUACAAAACUUAUUGGAGACACUUUAACCCCUCCCCCCCCCCUUUGUACUUCUUUUAUUGUAUUAGAUAAAUGUGAAUGUAAAAGACUUUCAAUUAACAUACUUGAAUAACCGCUUUGUUUUUUUUCUCUUUCUCCUCCCCAGUGCCCCUGAACAUAAUAGAGUUUAGGAGUUUCUAGUGCCUUGCAUUCUUUCUUCUCCCCCCUUUAUUUUUGCCAGUUAACGGGCUGUUCUAAUAUACUGUAGGCAAGUGAUUUUGGGGGUGGGUGCCCUUUCUUAUUUCCCCCCCCCCCCACCACCCUUUUUUUUUCUUUGGUUAAGACCAAAAUGAUCUGGUGAUGUAUAGUUUUAACGCAUUACUGUUAGAAUGGGGUUAUAAACUGUUUUAAGUGUUGUCUAGCACAAAAAUAAGGUCAGUGAUGAGCUCUUGACUGGUGGACAUCCCGUAUCCAGUUUCCUGCCCUUUACCCCAUCUUGCAGAUAUUCUCAGAUCAGUUACACCCACUUUCAAGGACCCUUGCGUAGCAUGUAAAACGUUUUUUCACAAGAGUUGUAAAUUCUGUAAGCUACAGCAGAUGGGCAGUCGGUUUCAAAUAAACAAUCGUGUGGUUCCACUGGCAGCGAAGCAACCCGACAUUUGCAUUAAUACCAAAUCAGAGUGUCAUUUAGAGCAUCAGAAAGAGGCAAAAUGUUGGUUUUAGGUUCCAGAUAUCCUUUAAAUGUUUCUUUUUCUGUAAGUAGAUAAUAACGAUCAAGCACAGAUGUUAGCUACGGUGUUUCUAGGUGGAAGGAACCUCCUCAGUUCAUUUGUGGUCUAGUCUACGGCACGACAGCUCAAGAUAGAAAGCGUACAAGUGAUCAACGACUUGAGUGACACAGGGUUAAAUAUGGCUGCCGGUGCGAUCGCAGGGUUGUGAAUGAAGUAAGCAAGCGUACUAUCAAUGAUCAGAGCUACACUGAGUUGUAUAGUGUGUGUGAUUCUGUCCCGUGUUAAGUGAUAGCUUUAUUUUUAUUUUUUCCUUUGCAUAGACGAGCCAUUCGAGUCGGCGCUCACAUGAAGUGCGGUAGUCUUGUGUUGGCGUUGGAAGAUAGGUGUCCAGAUGAGGAAAGUAAGUCGAGUGAAGGCAGUUAGAAGGCAUUGAGAUGAUUUAGAGAGGAACUAAUUAAUCAUACGAGUCCCAGUGUGAGGUUUGUGAUUCUGUCUGCAUCCUAACCAGUAAGUCCAGUUUUGUCAUAGAUGUAACAGGGCAAAUUGUUAAUUAAAACAGAAAGUUAAGUUCAGCAGUGGGACCAGGAAGAGAGUGCAAGUGAGUAGGUGGUACCUCGCCAACACAAGACUGUGCCGUAGUGUCUGAAACAGCGCUGCAUCGCUACUUGCGCUGCCCUUUAUCUCAUACAGUUCUCAGUUUAACGUAGACAUGAUUGCCUUGUGCUGUUCGUGCAGAUCAGUAGCUUGUUUAAAUAAAAAAGGAGCAAUCACGUCGAAACAAACAAAUAGAACAACGUGUUUGUGUAGGUUAGAACUUUUGUGUAGACCCAGUUGGUGAAUGUUUCGCCGCAGAAUCACAAGGCAGCUUUUUAGAAAUCCAUCGAGCGGCAUGAGCAUGUUAAAAUCUACAAGGCAUAGAGCAGUAGAUCCUGUCAUCUAAACUACUGAUCACUGAUAAGACCUGCUAGAUUACUACACACCAUUGCCUUAAAGCUUAGCUGUCUGCGUCUGGUACCAGAAAAGUUCACGUUAAUACAGUCACUUUAUAGAGAACUACACAAUAGAUUAGUAACAGUUUACUCUCUGUGAGUGGCUGCAUUGUACUUUCAGUAUUUAAAAAAAAAAAACAGGUUUUAGCAACUUGGGUUUGUUUUUGUUUAUUUUUUUUUUCCUUUUGUUUUCCCACGUUGUGCUCAGUGCUUUAUCUGUACAUGCAGAACACAGUGCUUAGUUUGGGUUUCGCGAGCAAAUCCAAAUUUUCCUGUUCCGUUAAUUCUGCGAGUGCCAUUCCUACAAGUACAUUUCUCAUGAGUUGAGUCCAAUUUAUUUUUUUUUAUUCCAUAAACCGAGCACCUUGUUUACGGUCAGAAAAGUGAUAUUUAGUAGCUGCAGUGCAGAAUAUGCAAUAUAUCGAAUACUGGGAUACCAUGUCCCUGGUUUACUCCAGUAUUAAGGAGAAUUUACUGAUAAUAAACACGCGUGUUUAUUACUCCAGUAUCACCUUUUUUUUCCGUUUGGAACGUAGACACCGCUACCGUUUUAGGAAAUAACUAUUCUGUUCAAGUCCUUCACUUUCCAACCUGUUCAAAAUGCCGCUUAGCAAAGUGCCAACGUGCAGAAAUGCAGUUCACUGCACCACCUGAUACAUUCAGAUCCUAAUAAACAUGCUGGUCUUUCUGUGAAAAAAGAACUUGCAUGCUAGAUUUGGUCACUAGUGGUAUUCACAACAACAACAACAGUGCUGCAUUCGUUGGAAUUUGUUUGUUUGUUUUUGUUUUUGUUUUCCUACCAUUUUGCCUCCUGUGGAAAGAAAUACAUCCAAACAGUGUGUUUACUUAAUGCUACUGACCUGUCAUUAAGUUAUUGUUUUGUACUACUAUCUGAGUAAUUUUACAAUGUUGUGUUUCUGCCAUUUAGUGACUUCAGUUCAGUGAUUUUUUUU